GUUAGUCAGGGAAAAAUUGAUGACUAUGGCAGCAAGUCUCCUCCUGACUUCCCAGGAUGUACAAUUGAAAUCACAGCUGAACCUGGUGAAGGUGCAGAUAGAUUAAUUUAUCCUGUACCAUUGAGAGGAAUUAAAUCUGAUAACAUGGAAUUAAACAUUGUAUUAAAAACUGAUAUUGAAACACUCACUGAUACACUGCUUGAUAUUAGAGAUCUUGUUACAGUCCUUCAAGAAUUAACAUCAAAUCAACAGUUUGAUUAUGCUAACAACUGGAAACAGUUAGGCCUGUACUUAGGAUUAUACCAACCUACACUAAAAGCAAUUGAAGUAAACUGCAGAGGACAAGUGAAGGAGUGUCUAAUGGAGUGUCUAUCUUCCUGGCUAAAGGGAGAGGAUGGAGUAAGAGAGACAAGAGGAGGUGGAUCAAACUGGAUAUCAUUAGUAGCAGCACUAGAUGCAAUGGGAGAGAGGGAGGUUGCUGAUAACAUUAGAAUAAAGUAUAACCUAUAAACUACAGUAAUACUUAGUAGCUGUU